AUGAAUCUCCCGGACCCCGAGCCUCCUCCGACGGUUGCACUAGACUUUGCGUCUCCCCCAUCCCCUGACUCUUCUACUUCUCCUCCCCCUCCUCCUCCUUCACCCAUUGUCCCUCCUGAAGAUCCUCCUGUUUUGCCCCAGUCACCAGAUCCUGGAGAAGAUUGCAUCAUACUAGCAAGCAUGGAUAACCUCACUCUCAUCACAGAAUUCUUUCUCAUGGAGAUUUCAAGCUCCUGGGAACUCCAAGUCUUACAAGGUGUGCUGUUCUUAAUGAUUUAUCUGGGAGCCCAGGCUGGAAAUCUUCUGACUAUUUUAGUCAUUGUGACAGACCCAAAUCUUCACUUUCCUAUGUACUUCUUUAUAGCCAAUUUAUCCUUCAUAGAUCUUUGCUCUAUUUCAGUUAUUGUUCCAAAAUCAAUUGUGAAUUCCUUGACAGGUAGAAAAUCAAUCUCACUCAAAGAAUGUGCUGCUCAGAUAUUCCUGUAUACUCUCUUUGCACCUACAGAAAUUGCUCUUCUUGUGGUGAUGUCUUAUGACCGCUAUAUUGCCAUCUGUCAUCCCUUGCACUAUGGACUCACUGUCACCCCACAGGUGUGUGCACAGGCAGCAGGGGGCUCAUGGGCCAGUGGAUUGCUCUAUUCUGCCAUCCAUACAGUCAACAUGUUCAGGCUUCCCUUCACAAAGUCCAAUGUGAUCCACCAAUAUUUCUGUGAUGUACCUCAAGUUUUGAGGAUAUCAUCUUCAGAUGUUCAGUUUUGUGAAUCUAUACUCCUAGCUAUAAGUUCUGGCAUUGUCUUAGUAUGUUUUACCUUCAUGUUUAUGUCAUAUAUUAAAAUAUUUUCAAGUGUGCUUCAGAUGCACUCUGCAGAAGCACGUAACAAAGCUUUAUCUACUUGUACCCCACAAUUGGCUAUUCUUUUUUUGUUUGUUACUUCUGCAUUAAUUGCUGCCCUAGGUCCUAUUGCAAAUAAAGCAUCUCUUAAAAAUCUUUUGAUAGCUGUGAUCUACACCAUGCUGCCACCAUUUAUAAACCCCCUCAUCUAUAGUCUGCGAAACAGAGAAAUUAACUAUGCUCUAGGAAGAAUUUACAAAAAAUAUUUUGAUUUCCCGAAAAGGGUUUUACUCAAUUAA